GUCGACCCAACGAUAGCCACGGCUACAAUUCAUCCGGGUUUUUUUAAUUUCUUUACCAACGACAUCGCACUGCUGAAGAUGAGCUCACCAUUGACACUUAGUGCAAAUAUUGGAACUGUUAGACUUUCACUCGUCAAACCCUCUGCUGCGUUAGAUAAUACCCCACUUUUGACCAUGGGAUUCGGCCCGGAAACUGAUGGCACAGGUCUGCCCAUGCCACCUAUACUGAAUGUCGUUGAAUUGACGAAUGUGAAAAAGUCCAAAUGCAAUGCAGACUUGAGUAAUAUUUAUUUGAAUUUCCCGGUAAACACUGGAUGUUUGGGCACCUCUUCUGGAACCAAAGGACUUUGUGUUAUUGAUGAAGGUGGACCUGUCCUUUACAUGAGCUCAUCUGAGCCCACUGCCAAGAUUAUCGGCGUCGCCUCUCAAAGUUUGAGUUGCCCAAGUGAAUAUCCCAGUUCUUUCACCUGGAUUUAUCCCUACAUUGGUUGGAUCACAGCCACGACUAAGAGAAAUUUCACGUAGAAUUUAUUUCUUUAUUUCUGGUAAGAAAAUAAAGUGUGGCACACAAAAUAAAUAUUAAAAAAAUCA